CACGUUAAUCCAGCCAGAUUAAAUGACACAUUCUACUUUGUGUCCUUAGCUUGGCCCAGGGGCCAGACUGAACCUACAAACACAGACCACAGAACUGGUCUUGCCCUUCAUGUCUAGACUCAGACCCAGACUUUGCUUCAAUACCAGAGACUAGAUCCAGACAGUUUCAUCGGUGUGUAAAGGAUCACAACCUAUAUCCAGGCCUGACUGGGAGCACAGGAGUGAUCCCAGCCCUGAAGGGUGCUGCUGCCCCAGGUGCCCUCUCGUAAGCCCAGGGUGCUGCUGGGGGAAUCUCAGGUGCCCACCUCACCCGGCUUUCCUGGGUGCUGCCAUCACUGGGUCUUAUGCCAGCUCCUGCUGCCAGCUAUCCUGUCUUUGAGGUACCCAAGUCCUUGGCAAGGCAGCCUGUGCUAGUCCAAAACUUCUCCUGAGCUGGGUACAGUGAGCUGUGACCAUGUGGCUUAAUUACAUUCAAACCCAUCCUGUCCUGACAGAGCCUCAUCCAAGGGUGUGUGCAUGACCCUGUGCUGGAGGGAUUUGCCUUCCAGAAAAGGACAAUGAGAGCUGCAGGAAAGAUUCUGCUGUGGGAAUUCAGCAGGACUCUCUUAAGCACAACUCAUCUCUAUGCAGCCAGUCUGGACUUGCCUGGAAAACAAGCAUAUGAAACCCUAGGAAUAAAUCACCUACUUCCUCCUGAGGACCUGUAAGUCUCACCGGGCAAGCCAGUCAUGUAGCUGCAAAGGAUGCAAAUAAACUCUGCUGUGUAAUUAGCACCCUUUGUGUGCCAGAGCAAUCAUUCCUAACCCCACAUGCAACCAGGAGCCAGGUCUGCCUGCACGGGGCUCAAUUCCUAACACCCUUCCCAGGUGUAAAGCUGCACUGCUUUCCUCAAAUCAGGAUCACAUGGUGAUGCUUUGCCCCUUAUGGGAGGAGCUGGCUUGUGAUAUGAGAGAUCAGUCAUGCUGCAAGGACAAAUAUCCUCUUCUAAAACCCACAGCCAGUGCUGAUAGGAGUGUUUGCUGGUAAAUACCUGCAGCACGCUGAGCUAAAUUAGUCUGAUUUUAUUACAUUAAAGAAUGUCUACAUAGCAUUUUUCCUGAUAAGACUCUGAACUGCCACUGAGGCCUCUGUGAUGGUGGAGUACUUUCCAUCCCAAACUGUUCCUGGUAGCCUGAUUUUUGCAUUCUGCACCAUGCAGACAAAGCACUGGUAGUACGGGCUGAAGCACAGUCACUGAUCAUAUGGGGACUCCUCCUCCCUUGAGCCUUGCUGUUUGUACCAGAAAAACAGACGCAGCUCCUUGGAAGGAGGCCGUGUGACUUCAGGGGCUGGUGUGAUUGUCUCUGCAAGACAUUUGAUGGGUGCCACAGUGACAGCCGGAGCAAUGCUUCUUUUUCUAGGAUGAGAGGUUAGAAAAUAAGAGUCCGGGGGCGUGGGAAAGCUCUUUCUCUGUGCUGUCCUUGAUGGCCUAAAGGAUCAUUGGGAAAUGACACCAAGGGGAUCCAAACCUGAGAGAUGCUUCUCAUUUUUAGAGGUGCAGAGCAGGCAGCAGGUGGGUAAGCAGAGCUGGCCCCCAGGUGAGGCUGGAAGCAGCGUGCUGGCUGUAGACAGGGGCAUCUCUGCAGUGGGGCAGCCUGGGCACUCCAAGCAGCACUGCAGCCUUCACAGGAGUCAGUAUCUAUCCAGACUUUAAAAACAACCUCGUCUUGUGCUGUUGCAUAAGAGCGAGAUGGAAAUCUCACUGUGUUUAUACAGAAAUGACAGGACUCCGCUUGAGCAAAUGCUUGCAAUGAAAGACUCAGCUGGCUGUGGAGCUUUGCUUCCAGAAGCAGAAGAAAACCACGUAGCCAUUUAAUCCUUUGAAGACUUCAGUCACCCUGAUAAGAUGUAGACAGGGCAGGACAAGGGAGAUGGCUUUCACGUGCCCCUGCAAGACUGUCACCUCCCUGGACAGGCUGUGUCCCACCACCCCAGAGAGCCACACAGGCAGCAUGGCUCCUGAGCCUGCCCACUGCCCUUUCCCCCGCUGUGACACAGUCCCUCGAUUUAAACCCUUAAUCCUGGGAAGAUUGUGCAAUAGCUCCUUCAGGCUGAGAACGGAUUAUGCCCGUUUCAAAGGUAUUUGGCACUCUGGCAGCACCGGCAGAGCCCAAUCAACCGGCCCAACCUCUCCUGCAAGAGCACCUGCAGGCAAUUCUUGCAGCUGGUGCCUAGCAACUUGCUCUGAGCUGCUCUCAUAGCUAAAAUUCAAUUUUAUUUCCACCUUCCUCCCCAGAGGAGCAGCUCCUGGGUCAGCAUCAGGGAAGAAGAUGUUUCCCACUCAGCUUGCUAUAAAUUAGUGGUAUGGGAGGGGCUGCUUUCUCUCUCGAGCGUGUGUCCUGCAGCCAGCUAAAAAGACAUCUCCUCUCAGCAUGUGGGACAGCUUCAGGUUGAAGAGAUUAAGUAAAAUUUUUUUUUCCCUCCUUCCCAAUUUGUUUUCUGCUCCCAAAUGCCUCUGCUUUCUCGCAGUUCUCUGCAGAAGAACCAGGCUUGGAUUCAUGCUGUGUCUCACCUUGGCUUUGCUUGGGUGAGCCGCAGGUUAUGCCAACACACACAGGUAGUUACAAGCCCGGGGCUGUGCUGAGCACUCUCUAAUGACGCACAGCAACUUUUAGAUCACCUGUGUGACAAAUGAAGGCAGCCCCGAAUCUGAGAGAGAUGCCCUUGGGAAACGGCGAGCACCAGAAAAAAAAAAAAAAAGCAUCGGAAACCAAGAUUGCCUGUUUACGGAGCUGAGAUGUUUGCCGAGGUAGUGAGGCAAACAUCAGCCAGCCUGGGCAGGACCGAGCAGCCUGUUCCUGCAUGUGGGCAGGGCACAGGAAUGGGCGCCGGGAAGAGGGAGCCAAAGGGAGGAUCCAGCUGCAGAGUGGGCAGAGGCUCGGGGAGCAGCACAUCCUCCAGCGCCUGCUGGCACGGUGCAGAGGGAGGAGCGCUCCAGCUGGAAGAGUUGGGAAGCUGUGAGUAGAUGAAGUCCAUAAGUAGUAGGGCUGUGGUACGGCAGCCUGGGUGUCUUUCAGAGAAAAGCAAGACGAGGUGCCUUGUAGGGCAUUUCCAAACUCUGGGAGGGCACGUGUUUGCCUCCAGGAGCAAGCCCGAGAGCCAUACAGAUUUCCCAGUGGGAGUCUGUUAGGACAUCUCAGACUUGCCUGAGUGACACAGCCCCCUUGGUGGGGUCUGGUUCACCACUGCAGAGCUGACCUCUCCUUGCCUCCCCAGUUUUAUUCCUCGGGAAGCCCUGAGUGGUCCUAGCAGCUUCAGCCAGAGGGUUGGAGGUGCCUUAUUGCUGUGGACAGGGUGGUUUUCAGCAGAGCCACCUGUAUCUCACAGCUGUCUGCCCUCAGCUCCUGACUGCCUGCAGCACUGCACAGUCUGGAAGGAGGAGUGGGAAUCACCUGGUCACUAGUUUGGACUCGACAGCCUGAAGCAGAUGAGGAGAGAGGUUGGUAAGCGCAGAAGCACCAAUGGAGACGUCUCCAGCUCAUCCCAGGACCCUCAGGCCUCCAAGGUGGGACAUGGCUCUGUUCCCCAGCCCAGCAGCGGUGCUCAGCAUGCUUCAGGUAAGCUUUAUGAAGAAGAAGAGGACGAUGCCCUGCCAGACUCAGAUGCCCUGCCGGACUCGGAUGACGAGGUGGAACUGGAUAAGCCGCGCCCCAUACAGAUUGUCCUUGCUCAUGAAGAUGACCAUAACUUUGAAUUAGAUGAAUCAGCAUUGGAAAAAAUCUUGCUUCAGGAACAUAUUAAAGAUCUUAACAUAGUAGUUGUGUCUGUAGCAGGAGCUUUCCGCAAAGGAAAAUCUUUUCUGCUGGACUUCAUGCUUAGAUACAUGUAUAACAGGACUUCUCCUUGCUGGAUAGGUGGAAACACCGAGCCAUUGACUGGGUUUACAUGGAGAGGUGGAUGUGAACGGGAAACCACUGGCAUUCAGAUUUGGAGUGAAGUGUUUGUAAUUGAGAAACCUAAUGGAACAAAGGUUGCUGUACUACUCAUGGAUACCCAAGGUGCCUUUGAUAGCCAAUCCACUAUCAAAGACUGUGCAACAGUUUUUGCCCUGAGCACCAUGACGAGCUCUGUCCAGGUAUACAACUUGUCUCAGAAUAUUCAGGAAGAUGACCUUCAACACUUGCAGUUGUUUACAGAGUAUGGAAGACUAGCUAUGGAAGAAAUUUACCAAAAGCCGUUUCAGACAUUAAUGUUCUUAAUUAGAGAUUGGAGUUAUCCUUAUGAGCAUGCAUAUGGCUUGGAGGGAGGAAAAAAGUUCCUAGAGAAAAGAUUGCAGGUAAAGCAAAACCAACAUGAAGAGCUACAGAAUGUAAGGAAGCAUAUUCACUCCUGUUUCAGUAAUCUUGGGUGUUUCCUGUUGCCCCACCCUGGUCUUAAAGUUGCAACAAAUCCAAAUUUUGAUGGGAGAUUGAAUGAUAUAGACGAGGAUUUUAAGAAUGAGCUGCGGAAUUUGGUACCAUUACUGCUUGCCCCUGAAAACCUGGUAGAAAAAGAGAUUAGUGGAUCCAAGGUGACCUGUAGAGAUCUUGUAGAAUACUUCAAGGCUUACAUUAAAAUCUAUCAAGGAGAGGAGCUACCUCAUCCAAAAUCUAUGCUGCAGGCAACAGCUGAAGCGAACAAUCUUGCUGCUGUGGCAGGAGCAAAAGACUUGUACAGCAAAGGCAUGGAGCAGGUGUGUGGGGGAGAUAAGCCUUACAUUGCCCCGUCGGACCUCGAGCGGAAGCACCAGGAUUUCCGAGAGAGCGCCAUCCGGCAGUUCCGCUCCGUCAAGAAGAUGGGAGGGGAGGAGUUCUGCCGGCGCUACCAGGAGCAACUGGAAGUGGAAAUCGAAGAGAUCUAUGCAAACUUCGUGAAGCACAACGAUGGCAAAAACAUCUUUUAUGCUGCUCGUACCCCUGCCACUCUGUUUGCAGUCAUGUUUGCCAUGUACAUAAUCUCAGGACUGACUGGGUUCCUUGGCAUGAACUCCAUAGCUGCCCUGUGUAAUCUCGUGCUGGGGAUGGCUCUUAUAUCGUUUUGUACUUGGGCAUACGUUAAGUACUCUGGGGAAUUCAGAGAAGUUGGAACAGCCAUUGAUCAGAUCGCUGAAGCUAUAUGGGAACAGGUGUUGAAGCCCAUGAGUGAUAAUUUGAUGGAGGAUCAUAUGAGGCAGUCUGUAAAAAACUCUAUCAAAGCAGGCCUGACCGAGCAGGUGGCUCACCAUGCCAGACUAAAGACAGACUGACAGUUCGUCUCCUCUUCAACUCUGCCCUCUCAUCCUAGACAUGCUUGCUGUACCAUGAGAACUCAAUAAUAAAAAAAAAAAUAAAUAAAAAUAAACCAAAGUUUACAAUCAACUGUAGAAGUAGUUUAGUGUGAUUGGCUUCACAGAUUGCUGCCAUCACCGGGGAAGAGUUAAGUUUCUCAGUGCUCAGCUUCUCAGACAAACUGGUGCCAUGGAGAGCCCGCUGGGGUGGGAGGGAGUGGCUCAGUUUUACAUGGUCCUGGUGCCCCGUGCUUGGGGGAGGGAGGGGGAACUUCCCCAGCCUUGUGAGUCCGUGAGGCUCUGGCUUACAGGGGGAGCCUGUCCCCUGCAGCAGCUGACUUCAGGGAAGUGUCAUGAUCAGCCCCACGCCAGCUGUGCUCUCACCCGAUGUCCCCAGCUCGGCACCGCCCUCGCCAGCUCCAGCGAGUGUUUCUGUGCGCCGGAGCCAUCGGAGCAGCCACUCCAUUGCAGCGUCUCUUGCUUUCUUGCCUUUUACCAGUGUUACACAGGUGCAUGUGCUGGUUCCUCACGCAGAACUGGGCUGUCAGGGAGGCAGUGGCUCAGCACAGAGGGUGUCUUGCCUUGAACUCGCAGACCUGGUCCCGAGGGAGGUGCAUAUCGGAACUGAGCUGUCUUUUUCUGCAGUUUAGCCUUCGUGUAUAUAAUAUUGCCAUUAAUUCUACUGGGGAAGAAAUUCCAUCCAAAAAUGUUGCCUACAGCUACCAAGCAAUGAGUUAGGAUUGUCUGUACAGUGUGUUUAGUUUUUAUUUUUUAAGAAAUCACAGAUAGGGCAUGUAUAUGAAAUAUAAAUAUAUAAAUACGAUUUUGUAUCAAAGUUUUGUAGUUUAUGGCAAAACCUGGUUCUGUGGUAGCUAAGUGCAGUUCCUGUAAAGGAAUGUUUGUGGCUCAUGUAAAUGUGUGAAUGCAUCAACAAUUUGAAGUUUUUUGAUAUAUUUGUGAUAUUUACCUGCCUUGAGCACUGCAAUCUCUCACCCCCUUGGAAAAAUCAAUGGGAAUGUUUGUUGUGAAACUCUUGUCUUCUGUUGCAUUUUAAAGUUAUUUCCUGUAAUUUAUUUUCAGUACAUGAUUAAAAUCAGUUGUGUAUAUAUGAAAUGAAAUCCGUGCUUAUUUUUAAAAGAUGUUCAAGUAUUGUAUUCUACUACAUAAACUAUGUCAAAUACUUAUCCUGACAAUUAUAUGGACAGAUUUGUUCUAUUGUA